AUGACCUCUUCAUUUGACUGUCUAAAAGAAGCCAUUGGUUCAGUAAAAGAAAUCGAGAAACAUCGAAAAGAAUGCGAGGUAUGCGGUGAUCAAGCAAAUGGUUAUAACUUUGGUGUUCUAACCUGCGAGUCAUGUAAAGCUUUUUUUCGACGAACAGUAUCGAAAAAGAAACCAAUUCUUUGUCCCUUUUCCAAUUCCUGUGGUAUCACGGCUGCUUCUAGAAGAUUUUGUCAGGCAUGCCGUUUGAAAAAAUGUUUUUCCGUGGGCAUGCGUCUGAAUCUCAAAAACGUCACUCCUACAAUCCAGAAAAAGCUACCCAAAAAGAACAAAAGCAUAGAAAAAAAUACUAAAACACAUUGUGAGUGCGUAUGUCAAUGUGGUUUUUUCCCUAAAGAUACACUACUCGCGUCAACAAAAUACAAGAAUGUUCCCAAUAAGUGCGAAGAAGAAAGCACCAUGUUACAGUUAGGGUUUUCCAACUGUGAAGCUGAGCCCGUGCAAUAUCAAAGUCGUUCUGUUUGGGGACCAGCAGACGAAGUGAGUCAAAUAGAGGCCAAACAAAAUGAAUGGCCAGUGCUCAGCCAUGCUGUUGAGAAUCCAAUAUCUACAAUUUUGAAAGUGUAUGAUCCUGUUUCAGCAGAAAAGUAUAACUGCUUGAUUCCUACGGAGAAAACUCUACUAAGGGAAUUGAUACUUGCUGCUGCUCCUCUUAAUAAUCCUCUGGAUAUGCAGUUUGAAAACGAUCAGUUAUCUUUACUCGAUAUUGUUCGCAUAACUGAAACCGCAUUACGACGUAUUGUUUGUAUGGCAGUUGAAUUACAAUUCUUCAGAUCUUUGCCACUGGAGGAUAAGAAAAUACUGAUUAAAGGCUCGUGCACGGAACUAUUGAUAUUGAGGGGUGUGAUGGCCUAUGAUUCAAAUAGAAAGAUCUGGUCACAUUCCUUCACUCAGAACAUUCGGGGAAUGGAAAUAAAGUUAGACGUGUUACAACGAACUGUUGAAUCGCAACACUUCGAAGAGCAUAAAAGAUUUCUAGAAAGCUUUGAUGCUCGAGUCCGGAAAACCGAAAAUGUUAUUCUAGUACUCAUGGCUAUAGUCAUUUUUCAAUCAGAUAAUCCGAAACUAGGUGAUCAGAAAAGAGUAGAUGAAGCCCAGAAAGGGUAUUUAAUACUACUGAAAAAAGUUCUGGAAUGCGAAUUUGGCCAAGCAAACUGGGAGAGUAUGUUUAGUCAACUGCUGACAAAUCUUCAAAGUUUGAGGGAGCUCAACCAAGGGUUGGUGAAGAUUUACUGUGGAUUUGACAGCUCCCAACUAGAUCCUUUACUGAAAGAGCUUUUUGAUAUGUAA